AUGAAUCCUGAAAUUUAUCCAAUUGAUCUAUCCGCUAUAGAUGAUCCAGAAAUUGAAAAGGUAGUGGACGAUAGAGUAGAUCAAUUCAUGCGUAUCUUAGAAACCCAAGGAAAUCAAAAAGGACAAAUCGCCGUAAUAUUUCACGAAAAAAGAACAAAAAAAGCUUGGUUUAGUAAAUCUGAAGAAGAAAUUUGUUGGGAACAAUGGCCCGUCACUAUAAACACCGUUAUAUGUCGAACCGAAAAUGGUAUUGAUCAAUUUUUAACACAAACAAAGAGAAUUCGUAAAGAUAUGGAUGAUCAAUUAGCUACGUGUUUAUUGGACAUUAUACGUUUCGUUAAUGAUAAAAAGGAUCACAUACCUCCCAUCACAACUUCUGAUAUCAAUCCAUUUCCCUUUCAAAUUGUUAUCCCUGAUACCGCAGAUACUUGGGGUACGGUGUUAAAAAGAAUAUUAACAGAUCCAUCACAGCAAAUUUAA